GAGCCCAGGCUGCGCUCUCUGGGGUCCGCGCCGGGAGCUGCGGAGGGGCGGGACCCGGCGCGCUGCGCCCCGUGACUCGCAGGAAGCCGGGCGCCCAUCCCAGGUCUCUAAGCUCAUUGCUCGGCUCUGCCUCGGCGACCACAGGAGGCGAGAAGUGAAAGAGAGAAAGAGCCGCCGGGAAAUUAAACCUGCAGCGCACGGCCACGAAUUCCCCCCAGUCGGAGCCAGCAGCUGGGAGAUGCAAACAAGGAGGCAGAGGGAGGAGGAGGAGAAGGCUGGCGCAGCAGCCGCCCCGGCGUUUAGACAAAGGAGGCUGCCGAUCGGCUUCUAAGCUCUGCCCCAGGACCGAAGCUGCAGCUCUGGUCUCGGGAUGAAGCCCACUAUGCCCAGAGCGGCCUUCGGGGCGCAGGGGUGACUGAGCCAUGUCCCGCUGCAGCCUCCAGGACGAGGAGGAGGAGAGAGGACUUACAGACUGCCAGGCACUCGGACACCAGCCCUCUCCGAGGCAUGCCUUCGUCCGUGCGUUACCUCUUCAUAGUGACCGUGUCCACCGUCCUCGUUUUCAUCGUGUUCUACAUCUCCAACUUUGCGGGUGACCAAAGCCACCAGAGGCUGAACAGCUCGGAUGCUCUGCUGCUGACUCAAGUCUGCGCGCCCUUCGCCAGGGACGGGAAAAGCCCAUCGCUGUGGAGAAGCAGACUGGUCAUCCCCGAGAACCAUAACUGCGAGCAGUACCUGGGCCAGGGCCACUACAUCACGGCCCCCUUGUCCCAAGCAGAGGCUGAAUUCCCUUUGGCGUACAUCAUGGUCAUCCAUCACCACUUUGACACCUUUGCAAGACUCUUCCGGGCUAUUUUCAUGCCUCAAAAUAUCUACUGUGUGCACGUGGAUGAGAAGGCGACUGCUGAAUUCAAAGAUGCGGUGGAACAGUUGCUGAGCUGCUUCCCCAACGCCUUCCUGGCCUCCAGGAUGGAGCCGGUGGUCUACGGUGGGAUUUCCAGGCUCCAGGCUGACCUGAACUGCCUGAGGGACCUGGUGGCCUCCAAGGUGCCCUGGAAGUAUGUCCUCAACACCUGCGGGCAGGAUUUCCCACUGAAGACCAACAAGGAGAUAGUCCAGUACCUGAAGGGAUUCAAAGGGAAGAACAUCACCCCCGGGGUGCUGCCCCCAGCGCACGCGGUGGGGAGGACUAAGUUUGUGCACCGCGAGCACCUGGGCCAGGAGCACUCCUAUGUGAUUAGAACCUCGGCACUCAAGCCGCCGCCGCCCCACAACCUCACCAUUUAUUUUGGCUCAGCCUAUGUCGCACUGUCCAAAGAGUUUGCCAGCUUUGUCCUCCGUGACCCGAAGGCUGUCAGUCUGCUCCAGUGGUCCAAAGACACUUUUAGUCCUGAUGAGCAUUUCUGGGUGACGCUCAAUAGGAUUCCAGGCGUCCCUGGCUCUAUGCCCAACGCGUCCUGGACGGGAAACCUUCGAGCCGUGAAGUGGAUCGACAUGGAAGAUAAACACGGAGGCUGCCACGGGCAUUACGUGCGUGGCAUUUGCAUCUAUGGGAACGGAGACUUGAAGUGGCUGAUGGAUUCACCCUGCCUGUUUGCUAACAAGUUUGAGCUCAACACUUACCCCCUCACCAUAGAAUGCCUGGAGCUGAGGCUUCGGGAGAGAACCCUGAACCAGAGCGAAACGGCCAUCCAGCCGAGCUGGUACUUCUGACCUGGGCAGCUCGGCCGAGGGAGCCACAGCUGGUGGGAGGAGCCUGGCUCUGCAGGAGACUUUGGCCCUGGCAACAAAGGUUUCAAGCCUGCGGUAAUGGCUCCAGGCCCAGGAACGUAAUUAGACUCAGAAUAAUACCCAUGGACCCUGUGAAGAGUGCUGACACUAACAGGAUAGCUACGAGGAGCAAUGCUGGCACUAUGGCCGAGUCCUGAUGCCCACCUCUGCAUCAGGCUGUUGUCCCCACCAGGGAUAAACUGAAGCGGCACCAGCCCAUUGCACAAGAUGUUCCUUGUAGGAAUGUGUUCCAGAUGAGAGAGAAUGGCAGGUUGCACUACGUAGGGAAAUGAGCACUAAGUUGCCUUGGACAAGGAGUCUCCAAGGACAGAUCGGCAGCCUCUGCCUUGGUGUACACACCGCACACGCGCACGCGCACGCGCACACGCACACACACACACACACGGGCAGAGGUCCACUCCUUACAGAGCGCAGCCCUCGGUCCCGAGGUCUAACAUGAGUGCAUCACUCCGCCUGUGUUGCAAGCCGUGUCUGCCAUGAAACCGCUAAGAACAAGCACCAGCUGCCGCCGCCGCUGUACAAAAAGGACCUCAGUGACACAGAGCAGUGCUCCGCUGGAUGCCGCAAGGCUCAGAUUUUCUCCCGGGCUUCCCAGGGAGAGACCUGAGAAGCCCCCCAGGAUGGAAGAGCCCUGCCAGCGAGAGGAGUCAGGGACGUCUCAGAGUGACCAGCAUCUCCGACUGCUCUCCCGUGUUACUUUCCUAGCAAAACGGGCACAGGUCCUACCCCACAAGGCCUCAGCACAGCAGCAUGGUGCUCUCCGGGCAGCUCGAUGCUGCCCGGGGCUGAUAGUUUCCACUGCCGGGCAGUCAGCUGCCACCUGCCACUCAUCCCCCCGCACUCCUGCAGCCCACAUCCAGGACAUACUUGCAGGCCUGGGUGCCUCCAGAAACUUGCUGAGACGAGGAGAGCAAGACAGAAGCUUUCACUCUACAACUCUUGGAAAUAAGGCUGGGUGUGGCAGCAGGAUCUUAGCUAGCUGGGAGGCUGAAACAGGAAGAUGCCCUGAGUUUGCACCCCAGGGCCAGCCUCCACCCCCCAAAUGACACAACUCUUGGGAAUACUGUUAACAUUGACAGUCUGCCAUGGAACAUCUCACACAGUGAUUAUACUGAACACAGUCCUCAGUGUGGUCAUGUACUGUGAUAGCAGACUGCAUUAUCACCAGUUGAGAGUUAAAUCUGGUUAUUCAGAAGGAGGUGUUUUCCAGCCUGCUGCACGCUAGCUGUCCAGCUGGCUUCCUGUUCCCCAUUUCAUUCAGACCUCACAGAGGUCUCACAUGGUUCUCAUGGUCACCCCCAUUUUAUAGAUGAAGCAACCGAGGCUUAGAGAGAUUAACAUGCAUCAGGGACCGAAUUCUCUGUCUGAGGAUCGGGAAUCUCCUACUGGUCUUCUCAGUCCAUUUCCUGAGGGAGAGUAUCAAGAGAAGGUGAAAAAAAGCCAUAUUUAAUAUAACGGAGCAGGUAGAUUUUAAGAAUGGUUUCAGUGUUAAUAUUGAGAAAAAGUGCUGGCACCUCAGAAAAAUGUGAAGUCUACUUUAGUAACCCUUUGGUCCCACGUCCCUAAAUAUUUAUUUAUUCUAAUGAAAGCACAUUGCCUGACUGAUGAGAGGUCUGAGGAACACAAUCUUAUUUUUUCUGUACUUGUGCCUGUUGACUGUUAAUCCUAUUUAAAGGGAAUGGCUCUAAUGGAGAACUUUUUCCUGCUGCUGGAGAAAGUGGAAUUGCACGGGUGCGGGAGGGUGGAUGGGGAGAGUUCAGUCCCGGCCAGCCGCAAAGGCUCACGGUCGCUGUCUUUGUAACUGGUUAUGUGAUGACCGUGCCUGGGAUGAGGCAGCGCUGUACACUGGAUCUUUCUCAUGCAGCAUGAGAAAUUGUUCUGGACAGAAGAUGUUUACAUAUUUGUUGGCCGUCUCUGCGUCGCGGAAGUUGGGCCAUGGGUGUCUGCCAGCCCACGGCAGGUUCUGAAACUACUGUAGCCAUCACUGUUUUUGGUGAUGUGCCCCCCCCUCCCUGCCCCAGAAAUAAAUUAAUUCCUUGUUUCCCA